AUGCGAUCUUCGGUGAGCUACAUAUUAUCUCACGCGCCUGGAGAGUCGGUGAUGUCGCACCCGGACUAUGCACAGCACGCCCAGCAUCAUGCAUGCCUGUUGGUGCUCGUUAAAGGCAUUGGGGGCGUGCUUAAGAAUUUCAACAAACUCUGGGAGCGGAUACAACGCGUCAAUAAUAUUAAAGUAACUGAUUCCUCUGGUCAAGUGAGAGAUAUUUGGGUAAGAUAUGUCCGAGAUUAUCCGGUUGAGAAUAAUGAUUGGGGAGACUUUCAAACACACAGGAGAUUACUUGGCCUAAUAACGCUAAGUAAAUUUGCAAAUCAAAUAGAACUGAACGAGGUCUGCAGAGUUCAUGAAUCAUUAAAAGUAAAAUAUUCCAACACUUUAUAUGACUCUCGUGCUUUUAUGUUUGGUCCGGGGAGCAACUUGAAGAAACCUGAACAGGAACCUGAGACUUAUAGCUUCUAUGAAGAUGAUAAGACUAAAGAAAAAACCAGUUUGAGUGAUAGAAUAUCUUUACCCAGUGAAGCAGCAGACAGUCUUUCUUCCUGCGACAGCAUUGGCCAGUCUUCAUCAUCAACUUAUUCAGUUCAAGAGGAGAAUUUCACAACACCAUCGAAUUUCAAAACCCAUGCUCUGUUCUAUGGGGAAAAUGACCCCGUACCAGAUUUAGAACAACAUGUUGCUGAACUUAUUAACUCCUUGUUUUGGGUUGUGGAAUCCAAAAGACUGGAAAGAUCGAGAGAAAAAUUGGAGAAGGUGUCUUUAUUACUCGCGCCGUUCGAGAAAAGAGAUUUUGUUGGUCUCGAUAUGGAGUCAAGGAAUAAUAAAAAGCGUUGUAUGGGCAGAGUGACAAAGAAUCUAGCGGAUUUGACACUGCAAGCUGGUUUGGUGCCUGAAGCACUCAGUCUAUAUAAUUCUGCGGGUGAAAUUCUUAAAUCUGUCAACGAUUGGCUUUGGUUGGGUGCAGCGAAAGAAGGUCAUUGCGUAACCUCGGCCAUAAUUCAGUAUCCCCACUUACGUAACUCAACUCCGCUCCAAAGAAACGCGAGCUUACAAGAAAGUUCACCGAACAAAACAAAACCGCUAUCACUAUACCAGCCAUCAAGCGAGCCGUAUCGGAAGUUUAAACUAAACUUUUCUCCGUUAAAAACAUCUAAAACAUCGAGUCCUAUUAACGCGCCGAAUGAAUUAACUCCGUCAUCAUCGGAGAGUAUAGAAACAUCGUCAAGACAAUCGGAAACCGAUAACGCCGAUACAGAAUCUCUGGCUUCGUCGACCGAUAUCGAAUAUCAGAGCCAGAAGUCCUAUUUGAGCCCGGACCUUCCAUCUAUCCCGCGACAACCGACCUCAAUACACACCAUGUAUUUACUAAGCGGCGAGGAAAUAGCAGAGAAAUAUCGCAAAGCCACCAUACAUUACAGCAAAUAUCAAAACGCUGGUAUCAUAGAAACGGAGGCGUGUUUCAAAGCAGCAAGAAUAGCUGUCGAACAAAACAACACUUUGCGAGCCUCGAGCUUCUUACAGAACGUUAUUUUCAUAAACUUGACGCUAAGCGAACAGGAAAAGAUACAAAGGUUUGACACGCUCGCGGAACUGUACAAGGAAAUAGGUUUUCUCCGCAAGGCAGCGUUCUGCCAGCGUCUGGCUGCCACUCGCCAGGUGAGCGCCAACAACCCAAACCCUGACUGGCCCCGCUGCUACCACCUCAUGCUGCACAGCUUCCCCGGACAUAAGAUCAGUUUAGACCCCAACUACGCUGUACAGCAUCAAGUCGGCUGGCCGGCCCUUCAGAUUCAGCUGCUCCACGAGCUGGUAGUGGCUGCCCGUCGUAUGGGGCACCCCGCGCUCGCGACACGACAUAUGACCUUCCUACUUCAGACCAUGUGGCCGCACCUCUCACGACAGGAACACAGAGAUCUGGCUAUACAGCUACAGGCUUUAUCAGCGCAAUGUGAAGGCGGUCCCGUACCAUUGGUUCUCGAAACAGGCGAAGUCAUUCCACCAGCGAAUCUGACGCAUGUUCCUACAUGUCUGUACUUCAACCCGCGACCAUUACCACCAGCUCGAACGCCGCAUCUAAUAAAAUCGAAAUCGAACCAAGGACCGUUUAUAUUCACACCGAUACAUUUUGGCAGUCUCGAGAGAAAAACCAAGAAAGAUGAAGGAAAAAUGGAAUAUCUAUGGGUUGAAGACGAUAUAUGUGAAGUUCAGAUGAAACUGACUAAUCCCCUACCAUUUGAACUGAAAGUAUCAAAUAUGCGACUUCUGACUUCUGGGGUAGUUUUUGAAUCGAUACCGGAAACAAUAAUAUUACCUCCCGAUUCCCCUACUACAGUCAAUCUUCACGGUACUCCCAAAGAAGUCGGCGAACUUCUCAUACUAGGCUACUCGACUCACACUUUGGGCGUGAAAUCUAAUUGCAGACUCAAAAAUAUGCCCAUGCCGCAUAAAUUUCCCUCAGCAUUUUCUAUCGAGGUUAUACCAAGUUUACCGAAAAUCUCCAUAGAGACGACACUCACGUUAUCCGGUAACGUGAAUCUAUCAAAUCCAGAAAUUUCAGCCAGCGUCACUAAUAUAUCGCUGUAUAACGGAGAGAGCACCGAAUGUACCAUCAAGAUAACAAACACGAGCAACGUGGCUAUUGAAUACUUAGAGCUAUUAAUUCAGUCAAACAUGGACAAUCAGUUACAGAGAAAAGUUUUCCAGUGGUCAAAUGAAGAAAUCCAAUCACAGCUGCCUAUAAAACCUAACGACGUAGCAUUGAUACCUAUAACCCUUUACGGCGAAGCUGAUUUCCUUGAUCUAGGAGGUGAAAACAUUUUCCCCAACAGCCUGACAUCAAACUACCCUUCAAGAGUCGGUUCCCCCGUACCAAAUGCUCAAACAUCACUACCAACACAAAGUUCAAACCAACAAAAUUCUCUUAGUAGCGGGCUCAUGGUUAAUAGAACGUCUGGUAGUUUCAGAUCUUCUAAUUCUCAAACAACAAGCUGGUCAGCUCCAUUAUCAAUAAUGCCUCCAUCAAGAGGUCGGCAAAUUGAAACACAAAUUAUUCUCAGAUAUUCCGGCGGCGCUGGAAAAGAUAUGCAUUGUCGUCAAUCAACAUUACAAAUGAACUUAGAACUAUUGCCAAGUGUUUCAAUCACACACUGGGAUGUGUUGCCCGCUGAAAUACCGAGCCAGCUAUACUUGGUCUUAGAUAUAACAAAUCUAACUAAUGAAGAAAUGGACUUUGAAUAUGCUCCUUCGAAACACAUAUUGAUUGAGGGCAAGGAGUCUUGUAGAGUUCCCGUGCCCCUUGAUAGAUGUCCAUUCACAUCUACAGCUGUUAAAAUAGAAGAUGCUGAUUCUAUGGAACCAAAGUCAAUAAGCACGGGUACAUCCAUAAAUAGUCUAGAGGUUAUGUGCUCUGAACAUUUAACUAAGAAUGUUGAUUUAAAGUGGCAUCUGUUACAAUCAAACAUUAACGGGCGUGCCUCUGUGAAAGGUAUUACUCUGUCUCAGUCUAUGAUGGAUAUUGUCAGGAUGUCACCAUUGAAUUGGGAGGUAAGCCUAAACAAGCAAUACAUAAAGCCUCAAGAGGAAUACAACUGUACUGCUGGGGAAUGCCUGUUUCUUGGGGUUGCUGUGUCAAACCAUCUGAAGCGACCCCUACAUAAAUUAUGUCUAUCUGUGCAAUUCUAUCAGGACUAUAACAAUGGCGUGCGCAAUUACAAACUCGAUAAUAGGGUCGCCACUGCAGGAAAUAAUAAGGUGGUUUUAACUACAUUGUCGGAGUCAGCGAAAGCUUAUCAUGAGUGCACCGUUGUAUUCUUAACGCCAGGAGAAUAUAAAAUAGACAUUCAAUGUUCAACAACUGAACCAAUAUUGGAUGAAGUAUCAGUUGCUAAAGAUUUACCCAGUGUGCAAUCCUGUGCUGAAGAAAUAAGCCAUACUUGGAGAUUCAUCCCACCUGUGGCAAUAAGUGUUACAGAUUAA